AUGCCUCCGCAUGGCCGCAGUCUCGGCGAUGACGAACAACGGCCACUUCUUCAUCCCGACAGCGAUGCAGCAAGCCAGUACAGCCAUGAAACCCUCCAGGUUCAAUUCACUGCAGACGAUGAAGAGAACCCGCGAGCAUGGGGCCCACGCAAGAAACUCAUCAACGUCGCCAUCAUCGCCUUGAUGGCCAUCUUGACGCCUCUUGCCUCGUCCAUGUUCACGCCGGGCAUCCGACAGAUCGCCGAUGAUUUGCACACGACUGAGCAGAAAGUCAUCGCCACCACGACGGGCUUUGUCAUCAUGAUGGGAUUCGGGCCCUUGGUCUGGGCUCCCCUGUCAGAGGACUUUGGCAGGCGCACGCUCUACAUCUUCUGUUUCGCCGUGUUUACGGUGCUGCAGGCGGCGAGCGCCGUGAGUCCGAACAUCAGCUCGCUGAUCGCCAUCAGGACCAUCAGCGGCUUCUUCGGCAGUGUCGGCCUCGCCAACGGAGGCGGCACCAUCAACGACAUGUACGAGCCGUCGGAACGCGCAGGGGUCUUUGGCUGGUAUCUGCUGGGCCCGCUUUUGGGUCCCACGCUGGGUCCGCUCUUUGGGGGUGUCAUCGUCACUCGCCUGGGUUGGAGAUGGAUUUACUGGAUUCUUACCAUCAUCUGUGCCAUCAACACGGGCAUCGGGUACUUGUUCCUCCGGGAGACGUACGCGCCCGUGCUCCUGGCCCGUCGCAAGGCAGAGCUUACGCAACGAGAUGACACGGGCGGGAAGAGGAUGAGGUACUAUUUCGACGGCGAGGACGAACGGCCGCUGUCGAAGAAGCUCCUCGCGAGCAUGAAGCGGCCGUUUGUCAUCUUCGUGCAGCCCAUCGUCUUGACCAUGAGCCUGUAUCAAGCACUCAUUUUCGGCACCACCUACAGCAUCUAUACGAACAUGCAAAAGAUCUACUCGGAAGAGCCUUACAGCUUCAGCUCGGAGAAAAUCGGUUUGCUCUACCUCGGCCCAGGCCUUGGUUUCCUCACAUCUGUCCGUUUCCUGGUGCCGCGCAUCGACACGGUCUUCAACAGACUCACAGACAGGAACGGCGGCAAGGCCCUUCCGGAGUACCGCCUGCCGCUUGCAAACGUGGGCAGCAUCCUCAUCCCGGCGAGUCUAUUCUGGUUUGCCUGGACUGUACAAUACCGCGUCCAUUGGCUGGCAUCCAUCGCUUCCACAUAUUUCUAUGGCGUCGGCCAAGUGGUCGUUUUCAACAGCGUGCAGAACUACUACAUCGACUCCUUCUCGACCUAUGCUGCCUCUGCAAUCGCUGGCGGAUCUGUCUUUCGGAGUAUAGUUGGUGGAGUCGUGCCCUUGUUUGCGCCCAUGUUGUUUGACAAGCUGGGCUACGGCUGGGGGAUCAGUUGCUUUGGGUUUGUAGCGGUAUUGAUAGCCCCGAGUCCCCUGCUGUUUUAUUACUUUGGUGAGAGGGUUCGGGAGAGGUUCCAGAUUACUGUUUGA